ACACAAGGCCUCCAGACUCCUCCAGGGAUCACUUGUCCACACGUCUUCGUCUAGGGUAAGGCUACUUCCGGAUGAAGAGACACUUGGAUGUAGCUCACGUGCUGCUAAGGCAGCCCUGAUCUCUCGUCUUAUCUCUUCCAAGGGAGCUGAAAAAUUAGAUUUGACUUGGUAGCCCAGCAAUGUCACAGCAGAAGCAGCAAUCCUGGAGGCCUCCCAAUGAUCCCCAGUGCUCCCUUCCCCAAUGCUCAAACCCCUGCCUGGCUCCCUGCCUGACUCCUGGUGGUGCUCCCCGUUCAGAAGGCUGUCAUUCCAGUUCCCAAAGGCCUGCGGUUCAGAAGCCUAGGAGGGCUCGUCGAAAGCCGCGCUGCCUCAGUGGGGGCACGACCUACCACUGCAGAGAGGAAGAGUGCAUCGGUGACUGAGUCCAGAAGAGCUGACGCACAGGUGCAGUCGCUUCACCCCGGCUUUGGGUGCUAAUUCCCCCUUGGAAAGCCAGGCCCUCGACCUCUCAUUUGGACUGAGAAACACUUCCUGAUCCCCAGUUCUACAGAGGCUAGAACUAGGCUGAGCCACGCUACUACUGCUCUCUUCCACUCGCCCCUACAGCUCAGCAACAAUAAAGCUGCUUUACUGGGAGCCCUGACUUCUGUGAUUUGUUAAGACCCCUGCUCAGUUGUGCUGAGACCGCCACCUCAACCCAGGUGGGUGUUGCUUCUCCUCCUUCCUCCUAAGACAGCUGAUGGGAUUUUUAAAAAGCAGUUGCUUUGGGAUUUAUGUCCCAGUUUCAAACAGCCUCGCAGCUGUCAACCUAUGUCUUUGCAUAAUUCUAGCACCAAAGAUGACAAUUCAAUAAACAUGU